AUGCUACCUGCACACGCCCUUUGGCGAGGGCGUGUGCAGGUGAACACAGCCCAGAGGACGAUAUCAGAGGACAUCGAGGACAAGAACCUGUGGACACAGGAGCUGCUCAGUGAGCCGGAGCCGCUGCUGGAUCUCAGAGCCCGGGUUGAUACAGAACCUCCGUCCGUGCGUCGCUGCAGCUGCACCGGCCCGACCUGGGAAGAGCAACAGCCUCCACCGGAGCAUCAGUCCCAGCACCCAUCACCCAGCACCCACCCAGCACCCAGCAUCCAACACCCAGCACCCAGCCCCCAGCACCCAUCACCCAUCACCCAGCAUCCAGCAUCCAACACCCAGCACCCAGCACCCAGCUCCCAGCACCCAGCACCCAGCACCCAUCACCCAGCACCCACCCAGCACCCAGCAUCCAACACCCAGCACCCAGCCCCCAGCACCCAUCACCCAUCACCCAGCAUCCAGCAUCCAACACCCAGCACCCAGCACCCAGCAUCCAACACCCAGCACCCAGCACCCAGCUCCCAGCUCCCAGCACCCAGCACCCAGCACCCAUCACCCAGCAUCCAGCAUCCAACACCCAGCACCCAGCAUCCAACACCCAGCACCCAGCACCCAGCUCCCAGCUCCCAGCACCCAGCCCCCAGCACUCAUCACCCAGCACCCAACACCCAGCAUUCAGCACCCAGCACCCAGCACCCAGCUCCCAGCUCCCAGCACCCAGCACCCAUCACCCAGCAUCCAGCAUCCAACACCCAGCACCCAACACCCAACACCCAGCACCCAGCACCCAGCACCCAGCUCCCAGCUCCCAGCACCCAGCCCCCAGCACUCAUCACCCAGCACCCAACACCCAGCAUUCAGCACCCAGCACCCAGCACCCAGCUCCCAGCUCCCAGCACCCAGCACCCAUCACCCAGCAUCCAGCAUCCAACACCCAGCACCCAGCAUCCAACACCCAGCACCCAGCACCCAGCUCCCAGCUCCCAGCACCCAGCCCCCAGCACUCAUCACCCAGCACCCACCCAGCACCCAACACCCAAAAACCAGCACCCAACACCCAGCACCCAUCACCCAUCACCCAUCACCCAUCACCCAUCACCCAGUACCCAUCACCCAGCACCCAUCACCCAGCACCCUUUGUUUUCUCGAUCUCAGUGA